CUUCCGGCUGCGCGGGUGCGGCAGCCCGCAGAAGUUCGGGGUGGCGGCCGGGAGCCUGCGCGGGUUGCUGAGGAAGGGCUGCCGCCUGCUGCAGGUGCGGGGCGGACCGGACCGGGCUGCGGACCGUGCAGGACGGGACAGGACGAUACGAUACCGGACUGGGGUGCUGCUUACAUAUGCUGGACGGGACCGGGAGUAGCGGGUGCCGCAGCUCCGGGCUAGGGCUAGAGCUGCCCGCCGAGACGCGUGCGGAGCUGCAGCUGCUGUGGUCGGGGCCGCCCGGAGCUGAAGUCCCGCCCGGAGCAGGGGUCCCGCCCGGAGCAGGUAUCGGGUCUCACCCGCCCGUGGGGCAGCUUCCCUUGGCAGGCAGCCGCCUCUGCCUCUACGAGGACGGCACGGAGCUGACCGAGAGCUACUUCCGAGCGCUGCCGGCGCAGACGGAGCUGGUGCUGCUGGGCCCCGGGCAGAGCUGGCGGGGCUGUGCCAGCGACAUCGAGCGGCUCCUGGCCGCCUUCUGCAGCCAGCAGGGCGCUGUGGUGGAGGCUGCGCGGAGGCUGCUGACGGACGAGCGGGCUCCCCACAGGCAGAAGCUGCUGGCGGAUCUCAUCCACAACCUGAGCGAAAACAUCCUGGCCGAGGACAAGGAAGAGGACAAGAAAUGGUUUGAAGGGCUGGAGUCUCGGUUCAAGAACAAAUCCAGCUACCUGCGGCAUAGCUGUGAGAGCAGAAUGCGGGGCUACAUGAGAGAGGUUACUGGUUUUAUUUCAAACGUUCAUCCUGCAGCACGAGAUGCCUACAGAGGGAUAAUCGACCUGAUGGCAGAAAAACUGAAAUCUGUGAAGUACAACGGGUGCUACUUUGACAGAAGGGAGAAGGAGGAGGCAGCACGCCUGUGCACUGCAGAGGGGUGGUUCUCCUGUCAGGGACCUUUUGACAGAGAUGACUGCCCAUGUAAGCAUUCCAUCAACCCCUACAGCAACAGGGAAAGCAGGAUCCUCUUCAGCACCUGGAAUCUCGACCACAUAAUUGAGAAGAAACGUGCUGUUGUCCCAGAACUGGCAGAAGCUGUCAAAACACGAGAUGGGAGAGAAGUGAACUGGGAAUACUUCUAUCAGCUGCUGUUUACCCUGGAUAAUUUAAAACUCGUACAUAUUGCUUGCCAUAAGAAAACCAAUCAUAACCUCAGCUGUGACAAAAGCAGAAUUUACAGAAAGAGGAAGCAAACCCAGGAGAUUUCCUAGUGCUGUCUCUGGAAGGGACCUGCUGCUUUUUUCAAUCAUGUCAGUCUGUUGUUUUUAAAUAGCUCCAAUUUCUUAAAUAAGAACUAUUUGGCACAAGACUGGCUGGGUAACCCAACCAGAGCCUCACAAAGCACACUCCAAUAUCCCAUUUAAUUUUCUUCUCCUGCCUUUCCAUUCCUUACAAGCCUCCCUCAAAUCAAGCUCAAAUCAAGUGUGAUAAAGGUAGAAAAUGAGCCAGAGGCUGACUCUGACUCUACCCUGUCAUCUCUGGCCAGCAUUGACCCAAAACUCACAGUACACAGAAAUGAAACUUGGACAAAACAUUUUUUACAAACUAACCUGCAGGGGCUCAUAGACUCCUAUUCCUCUGGAUUUUAAGCCAAACACAGAAGGAUUUAGAAUGAUGUUUUAUCUGUGCUUUUUGCAGGUAGUUUCAGCAAUGCCAAAGGUGGUUCAGCAGCAGAGCUGCCACCUCACCUGUGCCAAACUCCUUCCCUCAUCCCCAUCUGCCCCUUUGCCAUUGCUUCAGAUGUGCAUCUCCUAGAAAGAAGAGCAAGCCCAUGAGAUUUUUUUGCUUUUUCCACCUUUGUUUGCCAUCUUCCCUGCUGAUUUCCCUCUCCUUACUAACACUUUCUGCCUCCAGCUUGAGUUUUACUUGAUGCACUGCCAGAAAGGGCAGCUACAACGAUCAUGUUUACAGUAAUGUUUACCCACUGCCUUGGAGAAUAUUGCUUUGGUAAAACAUUUCCUACCUCAGGCAACAAAUCAGGAAUAGUUCAAUUUUUUUACUUGAAUUUUUUUUUUUUUUAAUAGCAGCUGAACUUUUGGGAUUGUCAAUGUAAAUCGUGUGAACAUUUUAAAUAAAAAAAUGCCCCCACAUCUGUGUGUGUGAGUGAAGGUGCAGGAGACAUUAAUCAGGUGUGAUAGAGCAUGAAGGGAAAUGUGUUUAUGAAUUGAGCACCAGCUACUAGAAAAAGCUCUGUUUUCCCUCAUAGUGUUGGUCCUGGACCAGUUAGUCCACGUGAAAUUGUGUGGAAAUUAUAUUUCUGCCUGAGCCCCAAAUUACUGGGUUUUGGAAGUUUUGCUACAUAGAAUAUUGAUUUAAACAACAAACUCAGUCCCCUCCCAAACAGUGCAAUCUGAAAAGCAAGGAGGUGCAUUUUUAACACAGGAUUUCUAAUUCCACUGCAUGCAAUCAAUCCUUCCAGCUUCCCCUCCUGCACUGUUUGACACUGGGGAGGGCACUGGGCAGGAUCCUGGUGACAAACCCAGUGUCACCUGUGUGGCACGUGUCCCCCAAACUGAAAAUGCAUUUUGCAAGUGAAAUGAAUGUCUGUGUGUGAAACUGUGUUUGCUAGAAAGAGCCAGCAGCAAACACAGCACUGAAGGAAUGCUGGGAGGAGCUGCUGCAACACAGAGCUGGGCUGGAACUAUGAAUAUGCAAUUAAAAAAUCUGGAUUUUUCCGUGUUACAGAAUUAGAGUGAAAAGGAGCCAAGAAAUAUCUUUGACAGAAACAAUGCAUCAGCUGGAGUGGAAAUGGAAAUGCAUUACCAUGCCAUGCAUAUGCAAUUUGUUUGCCUUACAACUUUUGAAUGUUUAACAAGCUCUAGCUGUAGAAAUUAAUAUUUAUUUAAACCAUCUGCUGAUAACAUUUUCUCUCUAUUUUUAGAAACAUAGAAGGAGCUAUAACAAUAAAUAUCUAGAAGCUUAUUGCAUAAUCACACUUUCAAAGAAAUAUUCCCACAAACACUGGGUGAAUUAACAGUUCCUGGAAUUGGCUGAGGUUGCUCCUUUUGUUUUUUUUUUAAACAUGCAGAAGGGGCUCAGCAAUCUUCCCCUGUCCAUCAAAUCCAAGGGAAGGUAUUUGUUGUGUAUCACCACCAAAGCAUUUGUUUCCAAAAUCCCUGCUGGAAAUCAACAGAGGACAACACUUACAGCAGCAGGUGGAGGGAGGAGGCAGCACCACAGGGUGGGUGUUUGGGGAGCUGACGUGCAAUGAAAACGUGCUGAACUCGCAGAGAUGAGCACACUGAAUCCACUCUGACAGCCUGCAUUUCAUUCUGCCAGCAGAACUGCAUUUUAGAGGUUUAAUUGGUGCUGGGUUAGGUGUAAACAACCCACACAAGGAAGACCUUUGACCUUCUUUGUACCAGGGAGUCAGCUGGCUCCUUUAUUACCUGGAUGGCACAGACCUUGCAGAAUUAAAAGAUGCUCCAGCAUCCUUUUCUUGACUGUUUUUCA